CCUCCGGUUUCGGCCUUCCUCUCCGCCGCCCGCCGCCCGCCGCCGUCUCCGGGAAGGCCCUCCGCCCAAUCGCCGCCCCGCGGCUCCGAAGUUCUUCUUGUUUCUGGAGCUAGAAAUGAUGGAAAUCGUUCGCUAAACCGUUUUGCUGUUUCUUCUUCUGGCAAUUGAGAGCUAUGGCCUCAAUCCACACCAGUCAUACAUCCUAAGAUUCUUCUAAGCUUGUUGAGCUCUGAUCGUUAAAGUUCUGCAUUAAAUUAUUUGUCAAAGAUGGACCGCCGUGAUACUUCUGGUUUUGUCAGUGGGGGAGGCAUGUAUGGCUUCCACUAAUUUCUAACUGUAGUUUUGUAGCGAAUAACAUUAUCCCGGAAGUCAGGCAGACUGCUAUUGCGUUGGCAUUAGGUUUGGACUAUUGGCAUACACAUUGGCAUUUGGUUACGUUAUGCAUCCAAGGUUCCAGAAUUUGGGUUUUGGCGCGCAGUAUUCUUCGAACCCCUUUGGUCUCUUGGGCAGUUCUAUGCAAGUUGGGGGCGCUAAAGGUGAUUAUGACACCAUCUUGAGACUCAAUUCCCCUGGCUCUUCCUCUCAUCUGUCGCCUAUUUCAAAGGGCCUCAAACGCAAAUGGAGUUUGAUUGAUGGAGCUAUGGAGCAGCAGCAAGUUGGCUCUCCACUGUCCCUUGUGCUAGGCCGAUGUUCUAGUUCAUCUGACAGCAAGGGUAGCUCGGCAACUGCUUGCACUGCAAUAUCCUCGGCCAAGGAAACUGAGGAGGAGUCGUCAAUGGAUCUCGAUUUGGAUUUCACCCUCCAUCUCGGGUGUGAGAAGAUGCCAGGCCCAAAGAAAGUCACUAUGUCGGAUGCUAAAGCAUUCCAGAUGCAACCAAAGGUUGACCUAGAAUUGAGUCUUUCAACUGGUCCUUCAGAAUCUGAUGUCACCAACGUUCAUCCAGAUUCCCCACCAUUUAAAUUGGGGCAGGGAGUUCCAUUGGCUGGCUGUGCAUCAAGUGCAGAAGUAGAAUCUACAUCGUGCCUCUGGAAAGCAGGCAUCGCUCUGCCCCCACUGAACCAAGAGGCUGGCUUCUUCCUUAACCAAGAUGCCAGAAAUGCGGCUUCGUCGUCAAUCGUUCCAAACCUGUCUUCAAGUGUAAUAACAACGCCGAACAGCUCAGUCACCUGCACUUCCGGGAUAACAAAGAAGCUGCAACAGCAGCAUCGUAGUAGUACAAAAAUUUGUCAGGUUGAAGGAUGUGGAAAGGGAGCAAGAGGUGCUUCUGGCCGAUGCAUUUCCCAUGGAGGUGGCCGGAGGUGCCAGAAACCUGGCUGCCACAAGGGAGCUGAGGGCCGAACAGUCUUCUGCAAGGCACAUGGAGGUGGCCGGCGCUGUGAGCACCUUGGGUGUACUAAAAGUGCAGAAGGACGUACGGACUACUGCAUUGCCCAUGGCGGUGGCAGACGUUGCAGCCAUGAGAAUUGCACUCGAGCUGCCAGGGGGAAGUCUGGUUUGUGCAUACGGCACGGAGGUGGUAAGAGAUGCCAGAGAGAGGGUUGCACGAAGAGUGCGGAAGGCCUUUCCGGCCUUUGCAUCUCCCAUGGAGGCGGCCGCCGGUGUCAGCACAUUUGCUGCACCAAAGGGGCUCAAGGAAGCACUCUGUUUUGCAAGGCGCACGGUGGCGGAAAGCGCUGCACCUAUGCGGGGUGCACCAAAGGUGCCGAGGGUAGUACUCCGUUUUGCAAGGGUCAUGGUGGAGGAAAGAGGUGCUCCUUCCAAGGAGGUGGUGUCUGUACCAAGAGUGUCCAUGGGGGGACAGCUUUCUGUGUAGCCCAUGGGGGAGGCAAGAGGUGUGUGGUGACUGGGUGCACGAAGAGUGCGAGAGGACGAACUGAUUACUGUGUCCGUCAUGGUGGGGGUAAGAGGUGCCAGGCCCCUGGGUGUGGCAAGAGCGCUCAAGGCAGCACUGACUUUUGCAAGGCGCAUGGUGGCGGCAAGAGAUGUGCCUGGGGACACCCUGGGUCAGGUUUUGGCGGGGAAGCUGGCGGCCCAUGCAACUCGUUUGCUCGUGGGAAGACGGGCCUUUGUGCCCUUCACAGCGGCCUGGUUCAGGAUAAGAGGGUCCACGGUGCCAUGGUUGUGGGUUCCAUGGUGCAGAGCCCCACGGUCAGCCAACUCGAGAAGGCCAAAGAAACUGUGACCACGGAGAGCACGAGCAUUGAUGUCACCAAGGUUACAGGUUCUGAAGUGACUUCAUCUGGCACGGCUUACUCUGGUUUCCAGCAGUACGGUCUCGGCAACGCUGAUUACCCUGUCGCGGACGGAGGGCUCUCAUCCAUUUCAGUCUCUGUUCCGGAGGGUAGGGUCCAUGGUGGAAGUCUGAUGGCACUGCUCGCGAGUGGCUCUACUCUUGGGCCAGCUAAUACUGAAGGUUCAGUUAUCGAUCUGUCUAAACCCGGGAAACCCAUGGUGCCCCGGAGCUGGAUGUAAGCCGAAAUGUCAACUUUGCACCAUAUUCAAUCGUGUUGCAGAUGGAGUAUCAAGUCUGUCCCGUGUGUGUGCCUUCUCUCUACUGGUGUGCUUGGUUGUCCAAUAGCGACUUGCUUGUGAUUCAUUGCAGCCCUUUCGUAACAUCAAGGGGGAUAAUUUGUUAGGUUAUAUUAGUCAUUAGUGUCUGGAGUCCUGGAUUUGUCUUCGUCUCUGCUGUAAAUAUUUAUGUGUAUUUUUUAGCUGGUUGGGAAUACAGGUUAUUGUACCUGUAAGGUCAAGAGGUCCGUUGUCCUGUCUGUCUGCCUGGGAUUCUGGUUUAUGUAAUAAAGCCUUUGUUAUGUGUAAAA